UUUCUGGAUUUGCGCCCUAUGCAGUCGGUCUGUCAAGUUCUCUCAAGGGAAUGUGCCACAGGGAAGGCUACGAACGAAGUUCGCGCGCAGGUCAAGUCCAAUAUAAAGCAGUGAAUGGUCCCCAGGUGCCCAAGGUGAACAAUGAUGCCUACCACCGCUGUGGGGAAGAAGCUGGAUCUCUCCACACUGACAGAGGAGGAGGCCCAGCACGUGUUUCAAGUCGUCCAGAGAGACUUUGACUUGAGGAAGAAAGAGGAGGACAGACUGGGGGAGCUAAAGACGCAGCUAGAGAAGGAGGACACCAAGAGAGAGCUGCUAGGCACUGGGACCAGCCUGACAGAGUCCCACUGUAUCCGCUGCUUGCAGCCCUUCAAGUUCCUUGUCAACAGCAAGCUCCAGUGUCUGGACUGCCAGGUGUACGCCUGCAAAGCCUGCAGCCGCUACAACAAGAAGGAGCGCGGAUGGGUAUGCGACCCCUGCCACAUGUCCAGGGUCCUCAAGAUUGGCACUUUGGAGUGGUACCAUGAGAAUGUGCGCUCCCGUUUCAAGCGCUUUGGCAGUGCCAAGGUGAUGCGCUCGCUCUACAAGAGGUUGAGUGGCGAUCUCAGCGCCUCCCAGAGUGACCUGAGAGAGCCUCGUGAAGAUGACACACACAGCAUGCCCGAAAGCCACAAUCUCUACGAUGAGAACAACAUGGACACCAUGGCAGAUGGACGACACUACAGAAUGAUGAAAACGACCAAGCGACUGCUCACUGUGCACCCCGUCGACUUCGGUCUGGACCUUAACUACUCCACCCUCUCUCUGUCUCGACAAGAAUCCUGUCAGAGUCCACAGAGCAGUCUGGAGGGCGGCACACGGGAGUCCCUGACAGCCGAGGCCGACAUGGCCUGCAUGUUCCAGCAGAUCCUGGAGGAGCAGGGUGAGAGACACUCCGACUUCAACACGGAGGUCCUCCACAGCCGCCGGAUGAGUCUGCUGGACAAGCCGGCCCGCUUCGGCCCCCCCGUCUAUGAACUCUCUAUCCGGACAGACGAGGUGCCGUACCCAGAGAACUGGAUGAUGCGGGCACGAUCCUUGUCCAGGAUGAGCCAGUCUUCGUGUGGCAGUGCCAACAACGGGCACCUUCGCAGCAGCGGACAACUGUAUGGCCUGGAGGACUCGGAGGAAGAGGAAGAGUACCAGCGCCAGUACCAGCGUCUGGCGUCGCGCCGACGUAGUCACAGCCACUUCUCCUCACAGGAAAGCCUCAACCACGGGGCACCGCCACAGAUAACUGAGCUGAACAGACGCAUGUCGGUCAUUGAGAAACUACUGAACCGUCUGGAACAGAAAGUGACAUCCCCCUAUGACCAGGGCCAGUCUUGUACUUCUCCCCUGCCCCAGUGGGAGGAGGUGGACCUGGAGGAACUGCAGCUGAGACAGAAGCUGGACCAGCUGACGGGCAACAUCAGUGACAAGGGUCUGUCCUCGGAGGAGGAUGAACCCAAGAGACCCCCAUCCCCCAAGGAGAGCCCAGGGUGGGGGAGGCGCCUUAGGGGGGACGUGAGCCCAUCCGGGUCCCUCUCCAGACCCUCCUCCAGACCGGGCAUCAUGAUCAGCCCACCCAUCGAUGAACUGCAGGAGCCCUCUGAAGUACAGGCCUAUUUUUCAACAGGACAUUCCAGGAGCCUCCGUGAGGGCAGUUCUCUGCCCCGCUACCGUCCCACCACCACCACAGAGCUGUUUGAGCUGGAAGGCAAGGUGGCGAUGGCCGCUGCCACAGUACAGAGCACAGUGAGCGAGGUGACAGACAUCGAGAACAAGAUCGCUGCCCUGAGUGCUGCUGGGAUGUCUGUGGAUAUGACCAGGAGAAAGUCAACCGUCCCUCCCCAAAGAAGAAGUGCCUAUGACCUUCCAACAAAAACCAGUAAUGGCACAGGGUCAUUGAGGAGGAAGUUGAGCAUCUUGUAACUGAGUAAAGUGAUUCUUAUAACAGAGAAUCUGCUGGAGCAGGAGUCCAUUUUGUGUCAAGUUAUUUCAUUGGCUAUACGUUAUUGUGAACUGAACCUAAUAAUGCCAUUAUCUCUCUGUUUGUUUAUGACAUUUACCCAAUAUUAUUUCUAAUAUUAUUUAUAUUCAAGAAUGUGAAAUGUUAUGCUUCAUGUUACAAUGUCUUAAUGCAUUUGCUGAACAGUAAAAAAACAUUUUUUUAAACAUUAUAGCAAUGAUGUAACUGCCAACUUUAUUAAAAUGUACUUAUGACUAGACUUAGACAUCCAUAGUACAUUAACUGUAAUCUCAUGUUUGUACUACUAUUGAAUGAGCCUGUUGCAAAGCUUUAUUAACUUCACUAUUAACAGAUUACACAAUUAUAUGUAGGGUUUUCUCCAGAUAAUUGCAGCUGUUUCUCAUAUAGGCUUCAUUCCAUAGGGUUCAUGGGGACACUGUAGCUCAGUUGGUAGAGCAUGGCGCUUGUAACGCCAGGGUAGUGGGUUCGUAGUGGGUUCGAUUCCCGGGACCACCCAUACGUAGAAUGUAUGCACACAUGACUGUAAGUCGCUUUGGAUAAAAGCGUCUGCUAAAUGGCAUAUAUUAUAUAUAUUAUAUACUUUGUAGAAACCAAAUCUCAGUGGUCAAUUGAUAAACCAAUUCCAGGAGGCACAUAUGGUUCUCCAUUGGGUUCCAGUCUAUAUGCUUUCUGACAUCAAGGGACAAGAGAUUGAGUGAUGGUCUGCGUCCAGACCAGGCGCCAGAACAAAUCAUUUGGACUGCCUUUGCUUUCCAUAGGCGGGCCCGUUGUUUUCACGGGACCUCAUGCGUGCACAUGCUUGCACGUUCACAGUUUUUUUUUAUUGGUGUAAUAGUAAAGCCCAUCCGCAGCUCGUGGGUUUCAAGUUCGGGGAAGCUGACUAUUUAUCCUACCAGUUUCUGCGUAACAGUUCUGAUUAUUUUUAUACGCACAUUUUCAAUAAUAACGUUUUCAUGUAUCAAAAUCAAUGACUUUGAUUAUCGAGGCUGGGAGUGUUGGGAAGAUUUUUCAAAUACUGACGAACAAUCAUUCGCAAUGGAUGUUUAAAAAAAACACUUUGUUGACUUGUGUGAUAUGAAGAAAAAAAUGUGUGGUGUAACGUUACGUGGUGAUUUAAUCAGAAAUAAGGCAUUGCCAAAUAGGCACUUUCCUACAUAUGCAUGUAUUCUGGAGAGAGACGUACCAUAUUUUUGCCACACGACCCUUACCAUUUUUUUUGAUGCAGUAUUUUAAAUUAUACUCAAGACACAUUUUUAGACGCUUUUCACUGACAGCCGUUGUGAUUUGAACAAAUCCAUUGCUAUUUUUUUUAAAGAAGCGAAUUAUCCUCUGUGGCUAAAUCAUGCUCCCUGGUGAAGUGUUUUGAAUUAAUUUAUUUACACAGGAGUAAUUAUAUAAUUUGGGAGAAACAUGCAUUUACUUUAGGGCAAUCCAGCAUCUUAACUGUGCACACGCCAACUUUCCUUACCAAUUAGCAAGAGGCUGAAACUAGAGAUAUGUAUAUGAUGACGAGUUGCUCAUGUCUCCAACCUAACAAUAGGUAUUCCCAUAGAAACGCAUUGAAUUUAUACUGGACAGAUUAUGGCAAGAAGGAGCCCUCACGCUUCGCCACUUCCUCUCUGCUGAAGCUGUAUCACAGGAGAAAACAUCCGAGCGAGCGAAACAGCGCCCCUCUAUAUGUUGCCCAUGUAUCUGAUGCUGUGUGGACAGAAAUAGUAUGACAUGCCAUACUCUUUUGGUCCAGAUAGCAUCAGAUACAUGGUUUACACAUACUGAGACAGAGAAACGCUGUUUCGCUCGCUCGGAUGCUUUAACUGAGAUCGAAGCGUCUUUCUGUCGGCGUUCGUCUCGGUCAAAUAAAUCAUCAGUAUUUCAAUAUUUCAUUUGGAAGGGCCCUCUCAUUACGCCGGGCCUUUAUGCAUCCAAAUGGCACCCUAUUUCCUAUGUAGUGCACUUAUUUUGACCAGAGUCCUAUGGGGUUACAGUCAAAAGUAGUUAUUUUAAUUGUAUUUAUUUAACCAUUAAUGUAGUGCACUAUAAAGGGAAUAGAGGGACAUUUAAUUUUGUCAGUGUAGGAGACUGUUCAAAUAGAUACAGCAAUUUGAUGCUGGAAUAUUAGGGCAUAUAUUCAGGAUAUACACACAAACAUGGGUGCGUGAAUGAUGCAAGAGCUUAGAACUGAUUGCCGCUAUUGUACUAUGUUAAACAGUAAAGUAUCAUUCAUGUAGUUUUUAGUACAAUAGACGCUUUUCUACUACUGAAUUGCUCUGAAUUGCUCUGUACAUUUGUAGUCAUCUGAAUGAAUUAAUUUGAAUGAAUUUGUAUCCUCUGCAUGAACCAUUAAUUGCUAUUUUAUAUUUAUUAGUAGAUAUCCUAGUGUGAACAUCACUACAAAGUAUAUGAACCAUGUUUCCAAUACUAUAGUGCCAAGUAACACCUUUGACAUUGUACUAAUUAAAAUGUAAACAAAGUCAA